CCACGCGGAGCUUUGCUUACUCAGCCUAGCUAAGCAGCUAGCCAUCAGCUCCCUCCUUGGCUUCUUCAAUUCACGGCAGCCAUCAGCUCCCUUCUUGGUUUCUUCAAUUCACGGCAGCCAAGGCCCGGCCGGUGCAGCGCACUACCACGACAGACUCGGCGGGCACGCACGAGCACGAGCAUGUCGAGUAGCCGAGGAAGAAAAAGCAUGGACAGGCAGCACGUCGGCGUCAAGGUCACCUACAUCGAGACGCAGUUCGUCACCUCCGACGCCGCCGGCUUCAAGGACCUCGUGCAGCGCCUCACCGGGAGGUCCCCCACCGCCGCCUCCGCGCCGGCUCCGGCGGCGCCGCACAGGCCGCGCGCGUGCCGCGCAGGGGAGGGCAGGACGGGCGCUGCAGCCGGAGCUGGGCCGCAGGGCUGCCACUAUUACCAGCAGCCGGCCGGUGGGGUGCGGCCGGCCGCCGUCGUCGCUAGCUGCGCCCCGCCGUGCCAGGAGAAGCUGCUGCUCAGCAUGGACGACGACUUCUCGGACCUGUUCUACGCCGGUGCCAUCGAUCAGCGGCGUCAUGGCCUCAAUGGUGGUUACACCGAUUUUCCACUAUCGAUCGAGACUUACGGCCAUGGUCAGAACUCAGAAGAUUGGCUUUGUCAGAAGAACUAUGAUGUACAAACCAGUUUAUGUGGAGCCAUUCAGUUCAUUUAUUCAUUCUUAGUAUAUAGUGUGUACAUAUGUACUCUGGUUCCCUUGUUUAGAGUACAAUAUUCCUUUGCAAAUCAAAGUUUGGAAGCAAAAGACAGUGUUAGCUCCGAAGAGCUAAAAUUCAGAGUUUAAGCCUUGUGGUC